CAGAAAUUAAAAUUCUUUUUUAAUGGCAUAAUUCACAGUCGACAACCUUGCUUAAGUCAAUGAAUUCCUUUCACACACCAAUUAUUUGAAUGGAGAUCUCCCAGGAGCUGAUGAUGUCAGAAUCUUCAACGCCUUGAAAGGUGUCCCACCCAAGGAUCAAUUCCCAGAAGUUUAUUUCUGGUAUUUACUCCUCAGCUCAUUCACACCAGCCGUUAGAGCUUAAUGGGCACCAGCUGCUGCUCCAAAGGAUGCACCAAAGAAGGAAGCACAAAAGAAGGAUGCACAAAAGAAGGAAGAGCCAAAGAAGGAAGAACCAAAGAAGGCUGAGGAUGAUGUUGAUCUCUUUGGAGAUGAUGAUGUCGAUCCUGAAGCUGAAAAGAAAGCUAAGGCUUUGGCUGAAUAAAAGAAAUAAGAAGCUUUGGCCAAGAAAAACAAGCCCAAGCCAGUUGCCAAGACUAUUGUGAUCUUCGAAGUUAAGAUCUUUGAAGCCACAGAAUAAGCUUUAUUAGAAUCCACAGCCAAGAAAAUCAAGGAAACCAUCAACCCAGAUGGUUUGGUUUGGGGAAAGGAAGUCAAAUAUGAAGAAAUUGCUUAUGGAGCCAAGAAGAUUGUCAUGUCAAUGAUCAUUGAAGAUGAUAAGGUACUUUAUUAAAUCAUCCUCUUAGAUCCUUACCGACGAUGUGUUUGAUCAAAUCACAGCUUGGGAAGACGAUGUUUCCAGUGUUGACAUUGUAUCAAUGUAAAAGGUUUGAUAAAUAUUAAACAAGUACAUAAAAAUAUAAAAUCACAUCCUUCUA